UUUGGACCCUCGUUCACAGAGAGAGGAGAGAGGACUAACAAACGCUGAUAGACUGCAGUGUCUGAUUUUAAUGUUCUCUGUCUCAAAACAAUAGUUAUUUUGUAUCUACGUUUCUUUGACUUAGAGCUGCUGUACAUUUACUAACGGGUCCUUUGAGUGUCCUGAGAGCAUAAGUCAUCCAACUUUCAACAUGUCCUCAGAGGCGUCAUCUCCUGUAAAGUCCACCACCCCUCCUUUGUCCCCGCUGUCUCCUGUCUCUCCAGUGUCUCCUAACUCUCUGCGCCUGCCCGUCUACCGCCACAGAGACCGAUCACCAUCCCCCAUGAGAGGGGGCUACCUGAUUCCCAGCCCCCUGCCCACCCGCCGCAACCGGACUUGCUCAGCUGCAGAACGUGCUGCAGAGGGGCCAGUUUUCACUGGGGUUUGCAAGUGCUUUUCACGGUCCAAAGGCCAUGGCUUCAUCACGCCAUCAGACAGAGGCAAUGACGUCUUUGUGCACAUAUCUGACAUUGAGGGUGAAUACGUGCCUGUGGAGGGAGAUGAAGUCAGUUAUAAGAUCUGCUCUAUUCCACCCAAACAUGAGAAGAUCCAGGCUGUGGAGGUGACCAUCACUCAUUUAGCACCAGGCACAAAGCAUGAGACCUGGUCAGGAGCGGUGGUUGAAUCCUGAGGACCCGUGAUAAGAAUAGAUUGCUUGCUUCUGAAAUGUCAGGCUGAGUGUGAUGGUGAUUUUGAAAUGGGUUUCUGUUCCUUUUUUGGUGGUUUGGGGGAGGAGAGCAGGGCUGAAUGAAUGCCUUUUAGGUAAGUGUGUGACAGCACAAGUCCUGAGAAGAGAAAUAUCACAG